GCCCCCUUUUAACAGCUUCCGCGUAAGCAGUAACAUUCAAAACUCGUCAAGUCGGGCAUUUUAUCUGUGUUUGUCUCCAGCUGGUUGUUUUUCUUUUCUCCUCUUGGAUCGGUUAUGAGCGGGCUCUGUUGUUCAUUAUGUAUUUGCACCUUCGAUUUCAGAGAAAACAAAAACUGGAGGUGGAAUGAAAAAAAGCAGCGACGACAAACAGCUAAAACGAACUGGUUUGUUUUCGCCUCGACGCGGUGACUGCAUUUCGGUUGAGCCUCAACACGGUGUGAAGCCUGUACACUAAUCCACCUGCAGUGCGCACAAACCGAUCCCGAGAGUAUCAUGGAGAGAAGCGGAGGCGACGGCGAGGAGAAGAGCAAGUUUGAUUUGCUGGAGGACAACAGAACCGACUCCGGUAUCGAAUCGUUCAGGUCGUUAACCAGAGAUGAUCGGUGCGGUACCACCACUUCGGUACCGGAUCAUAGCAGCGGGAGAGAAGAGCAGGACAAGCUCAGCACGGAUGAGCGCCUGGACUCGUCUUACGGCUCUUCAUCUCUGAACACAGAAAGCCUGAGCGACCUCCUGGGGAAAUGCAGCGUUUCGGGGAGUCGAGCCGAGCAGAACCAGCAGCACCCGGUGGACUACACCGAGGAGGAAGGAAACCUGCUCGCUACCGUCACAGAAGACGGAGACACGGUUCUCCAUUUGGCUAUAAUCCAUGAGGUGGAACCAUUCACCCACGAGCUCAUAAAUCUGUUCCCCAAAGAGAUCCUGGACAUCCAGAAUAAUCUAUAUCAGACGCCGCUGCACCUGGCCGUCUACCUGAACCAGGUGCCCGUGGUGAAGGCUCUGGUGGCGAACGGCGCAUGUCUAGAGCUCCAGGACCAGGAUGGAAAUACGGCGCUCCACGUGGCCUGCGAGCACGGCAGGUUCGAUUGUGCUAAUGAGAUGCUCCGUCAGGCUUCGCCCUCCAAGCUCACCCCAGUAUUCGAGACACAGAACUGGAGAGGUCUGACUUGCCUACAUGUUGCCACACUGCACAAACAUCACCGAAUCAUGAAACUGCUGAUGAAGAAGGGUGUGGAUCUGAACCUCCAGGAGGGAACGAGUGGGAAAACGGCGUUACACAUGGCUGUGGAGCUGCAUGAUGUGGAUGCAGUGACUCUGCUGCUAAACAGAGGCGCCAACGUAGAUGCUGCUAUGCUAAACGGUUGCACAGCACUCCACCUGGCAGUCGGGCGUCAAGAUGCCACCAUCACCAGCCACCUGUGCCAGGCAGGAGCUGACAAAAUGAUUCGCAACAUGGAGGAUGAGACUGCGUUGGACCUUGCCGACGGCAACGACGACAUACUUGCACUACUGCCGUUUGAUGACAUCCAGAUCAUGGGCAGGACUGUCGGCUUGAAAUACUGAGUGUGAAAAUCGGUGUGUUCAGUGUCCCUCUGCCUAUGAACUCUGGGGACUAAUUAUAGGUUAUUAACAUUUACAUGACAUCACUUUCUACAACCUUGUUUAUUUUGAAUAUUGAUGUACGUUACAACUGUUAAUUUAUACACAAGUCUGGGGUGAAGUGUUUAUUUUCCAAAUCUGUUCCAAAUUGAUCGGUAGUAAUCAAACAAAUGUCCUCUGUAUUUCUUUCUUUUUUUUCUUUUUUUUUUUAAAUAUUCUUCCAUAUUUCUGAGCAUACUCAGUUUUUAAGUGACCAUACUCAGUUUUCUGGUGGUUGCUUCUUAACAAUUUAAUAUCACACAUGCUGAAAUGUGUAUGGACUUGAACUGUAAAAUACCUCAUAAAAUACGGAAACAGACAUUAUAAACGUUAGAUUAUGAAAGUGAAUAUAGCACUUAGUAGGAGGAUGAGGAUGAGAAAUAAUAACAUGUAUCAGGGUUUACAGCAUCACUCAUCAACUUUUUUGGUUUGGGGAAAUGUCCAUUUGAGUUUUAAACUGACUUCAUGCAGCAAGUUUGUUAAAUGCUUUUUAAUUUUCUGAGUUUUCAUAAUUCUGGUAUUGACCCAGCAGGGAUGAGCUGUUGUGUGGUUACAUGUGCCUUAGAAUUUGUUGUAAAUGACAGUAUUUUACUCAAGUAGAAUUUCACUGGCUGCAUAUCAUGCUCACGUGGUAGAUUUACUGAUUUAUUAAAAGCCUCCUUCUGCCAAAGAUUACAUAAGGUUCCAGGUACCAGACUUGAGAAUAGUUUUGCACCCCCGCUGUAAACUGUGCUUCGUAUUUCUAGACUGAUUUUAGUGUGUUCAGUGAUCAACUUUAAUCCUAAAUAUUUGAUCCAUCACACCAAUCGUCUGCAAAUAUUUAACACGUUUUAAUAUUUAUCAUUAUAUAAAGAUAAACUAUAACAUUUAUUAGAGUUUCAAUUAACAUGCAGAAGAGUGAACAUCUAGGUAUAAGCUUUCACAACCAUGUGUGUGUCGUUUUUUGCAGAAUUUGCUCUUGUUAUUACAGUGUGCUCUUACCUUUUGAAAAGUUGAGGAAAUCUUGUAGGAAACAGGUCAUUGUUUUUUAAUGGUUUAACUAACAAUUUCAAAAUCAUGUUUAAUAUUCUCAAAAACUGUUUUUUUUUUUUGUUUGUUUGUUUUUUUAAUGAUUCACAUUUGCAAGUUGUACAGUUAGAAUUUUAUACAUAUUCAUUUUGAAACAACACCAGAAAGGAUUAUUUUGUAUUAAAGUACAUUACUAAAAGUCAA